AUGCGGUCCAGGGCUUCCGACGCAACGUUGGGGGAACCUGACGAGGCCCUGUUGUGGGGCAUCGAUGGCCUCGAGCAUUCAGGGCCGUCCGUUGCUCCCGCAUCAGGAGCUUCUGCUGCGUCAUCAACGGCCGAACUGAUUCCAAUCGCGUUGAAGCCAGCACUGGACAAGCGGGACUCAGAGGCGUUGAAGGUGGCGCUAGAGUGCUUGAAGGACGCCGGCACCGUCACGGCCUGGGGUAGCUACCUUAACGUCGCGAGACGAACGGCGAGCGUGCGGGAACUCACUCAAGUGGGCAUCAAGAACGCCGAGAAGCUCGCUGUGCCGUCUGUCCGCAACGAUGCGCUCUUCCUCGCUACUGUGGUCGGCACCACCUCCAUCCUCGCCCUCGCCGGCAGCCAACUACCAGGGGACUGGGGUUUCUUUGUGCCGUAUCUGGUGGGCGGCCUCUCCAUUGUCGUCCUCGCUGUCGGCAGCGUGGCUCCAGGGCUACUCCAGGGCGGCAUAGGAGCCAUGGCGCCUGCAUUCUCGGACUACAAGGACCGAGUGCUCCGGCACGAGGCAGGCCACUUCCUCUUGGCGUACCUUCUGGGCUUGCCACCUGUCGCGUACUCAUUGGACAUCGGCAAGGAGCACACGAAUCUGCUGGAUGAUAAGCUGCAGAAGAAGAUCUACAGCGGCAAGCUGGAGAGCGAUGACGUGGACAGGCUCGCAGUGGUGGCGAUGGCGGGCAUGGCAGCGGAGGGGUUGCAGUACGAGCAGGUGAUGGGGCAGACGGCUGACCUCAACUCGCUGCAGCGCCUCAUCAACCGCAGCGGGCUCGGCGCCUUGACGCCUGAGAGACAGCAGAACCUCACACGCUGGGCGGUGCUUUAUGCGGCUUCACUAAUCAAGAAUAAUGCCAAGUCCUUCGAUGCCCUCAUGGAAGCCAUGGCAAGGGAAGCCCCUGUAGAAGAGUGCAUAGCAGCAAUUGAGAAUGCUGCGGCAAAAUAG